AGUGCCACUGCCAGACGUGUGAGUAAUUGGUUGAGCAGCUCUGCAGAGCAGUCUCCUUGCACCGUCCAAGCUGAGAUGCAGAAGUAAAAAAUUCAUUCUCAGAGAUGAAGAAUCACAAAAUCAUAAGCCUGAAAGGGACCAAAAAUCAUGAAGAAAAACCUUUUCUCAAAGAAAAAUUCUUUGCGAACCUAUCUGGCAUGCUCAUUAGGAGUAAUUCUGUGAUCUUGCAAUGUGCUUCUGGGAUCUUCUCUCUUCAUUGUUGCUUAUAAGACAGCUUUAAAUUAAUGAUAAGGAAGGCAUUCAGGGCAUGGGCUGUGCUGAGGUUCACAGCUUUCAUUCUGAAUGAGAGAUUAAAGUAAACUGAUAUUGGAAGCAAGGAGGGAGAAACGAAUACAGUCAGUAAGCCUAUAAAAGUCUUAGCCAAUUGCAAUGGUGAACAUCCUGCUGGAGAGGAUGACCUUGAAUGAACUAAGUGGGAUAAAGUCACCAGGCUGGACUGACAGCUGAAGAAUCAGGCUGGAUUCCAGCAAACAGCAGAUUCCUGACAAGAGUCUCCUGAGCUGUGGCAAUGGCUUCUCGGUGUCGGAAAUGUGGACAACAGGUACCCAGGAACCUGCCUUUCACUGCUGUCCGGAUAACAGAAGGAGAAAUGAAAUCUUAUCACGAUUUUAUAGGAGGAUGCAUUAGACUGGAGCGCAUGACAAGGAAAGAUGAAAUCAUGCAGCAGGAGAUCCGGCCGCUGGUAGCAGUGGAUAUAAUAGAGCAGCUCCACAGGCAAUUUGCAAUCUUGUCAGGAGGAAGAGGGAAGGAUGGGGCACCCAUUAUAACCUUUCCAGAAUUUGCAGGAUUCAGUGAGAUACCUGAUGAUGAUUUUCUGAAUGUGGUCACUUAUCUAACCAGCAUUCCCAGUCUGGAGGCUGCCAGCAUCGGAUUCAUCAUCAUCAUAGACAGACGACGGGACAAAUGGAGUGCAGUCAAGGCAUCCCUGACACGAAUUGCAGGAGCAUUUCCAGGAAACCUGCAGCUGGUGUUUGUCCUGAGACCCUCCCGCUUCAUCCAAAGGGCGAUCGCUGACAUUGGCAUUAAACUCUACCGAGAUGACUUUAAAAUGAAGGUACCGAUCAUCAUGUUAAAUUCUGUCUCUGAUCUGCAUGGCUACAUUGACAAGAGCCAGCUGACCCGGGAGCUGGGAGGAACCCUGGAGUACGGCCACAGCCAGUGGAUCCAUCACCGAACUGCUAUUGAAAACUUUGCAAUGACAGUAAAAUCAACAGCACAGAUGCUACAGACCUUUGGAACAGACUUAGCAGAGACUGAACUUCCCAAUGAUGUGCAGUGCACAGAGGAGCUUCUCUCCUCACACACCGACCACCACAGCAAGCUGAAGGAUGAGCUGAAGCUAGCAGUGAAGCAGGGGGCCACCUUACUGACGUGCAUCCGGGAGCCGGUCACCCGAAGUGCCAACAGCAAACUCAGUCCAGAUGAACUGGAAAAUGUGGCCACAGUGGAAAGGUUGUUGGCUCAGCUGGAUGAAACAGAAAAGGCUUUUGAUCAAUUUUGGACCAAGCAUCAUCUAAAACUAGAACAGUGCCUGCAGCUUCGGCACUUUGAACACGAUUUUAGAGAGGUAAAACUGACAUUGGAUAACCUUAUGGAAACACAAGCAGGUUUUGCUGACAUUGGAGACAGUGUGACUCGAGUUGAGAACCUCCUAAAGGAACAGAAACAUCUGGAAGAGAAAGGACAGGAACCUUUGGAGAAGGCCCAGUCUCUAGCUCUCCAUGGAGAACAGCUCAUCCAAAACAACCAUUAUGCAGUUGACUCCAUUAGACCAAAGUGUGUUGAACUCAGGCGGAUUUGUGAUGACUUUACCAAUGAGACCAAGAAAAAGUAUGAUAUUUUGGGAAAGUCUCUUGAGCUGCAUAAGCAGUUAGAUAAGGCAAGCCAAUGGUGUGAAGCUGGAAUCUACCUCUUAGCUUCCCAAGCUGUGGACAAGUGCCAGUCACAAGAGGGAGCUGAAACUGCACUCGUUGAAAUUGAGAAGUUCUUGGUUACAGCUAAGGAACACCAGCUCUCCAACCCAAAGGAGUUCUACAAUCAGUUUGACAUGAUCCUCACCCCUGAAAUAAAGGCCAAUGCCCAAAGAAUUGUACAAAAACUCGAAGAUGUACAAGAAAUGUUUGACAAGAGGCAAGUAAGUCUGAAGAAGCUGGCAGCCAAACAGACCCGGCCAGUACAACCUGUUGCUCCACAUCCUGAAUCUUCCCCAAAGCGAGCAUCACCAAAGAUUACCAGACCAGCAGCAGUAGCUACCAACAGGAGGUCUACAGAAAUUUCCUGCCCUCCAAAGACUGUUUCUGAAGUAGAGUUAUCAAAAAAGAAAAGCAUUAAGAAGACAAAAGGUGGAAUUAAGAUUGAAGUGAUGCAUGAAGCCAGUCAAGGAGGAUCUAGCAGAGUCCUGGUGACCAGUGAAAGUGAUGAGAACUUGUCAACAAGGAGGAGCCACAUAAUCAAUGAGCUGAUAGAAACAGAACGGGUUUAUGUAGAAGAACUUCAAAGUAUAAUAGAGGGAUAUGCUUCAGAAAUGGACAAUCCCAAUUUAGUACAUCUGAUUCCAUCUGCACUUCAGAACAAGAAGGAAAUUCUUUUUGGGAACCUCCCAGAAAUCUACUAUUUCCACAACAGGAUUUUCCUUAAGGAGAUAGAAAAUUGCAUUGAAAACCCUGAGCUUCUUGCCCGAUGCUUUCUGAAAAGAAAGGAGGACCUCCAAAUAUAUGAAAAGUACUGUCAGAACAAACCAAGGUCUGAAGCUCUCUGGAGACAGUGUGGAGACAGCAUCUUUUUUCAGGAAUGUCAGCGUAAAUUGGAUCAUAAACUCUCACUUGAUGCCUAUCUAUUAAAGCCAGUUCAGAGAAUCACCAAGUACCAGCUGCUGCUAAAGGAGAUGCUGAAGUGUAGCAAGAAUUCAGAAGGUACUGCUGAAUUGGAAGAAGCCCUGGCCACAGUGCUUGAUAUCAUCAAAUCAGUAAAUGACUCCAUGCACCAGAUAGCAAUCACAGGAUAUGAGGGGGAUGUCAGUGAGCUCGGCAAGCUGUUGAUGCAGGGUUCCUUCAACGUAUGGACUGACCACAAGAAGGGGCACAACAAGGUGAAGGACUUAGCUAGAUUCAAACCAAUGCAGAGACACCUCUUCCUCUAUACAAAGAUGCUGCUUUUCUGCAAGAAACGGGAGGAGAACACUGAUGGCCAUGAGAAGACAGCUUCAUACAGCUUUAAAAACUCAUUAAAGAUGAGCACUGUGGGCAUUACAGAAAAUGUGAAAGGGGAUAAUAAGAAGUUUGAGAUCUGGUAUAAUGGCAGAGAAGAAGUCUAUAUCAUUCAGGCAUCUUCUGUUGAGCUGAAAAACACCUGGAUUUCAGAGAUCCGCAAAGUCCUGACGGGACAGCUGGAAGCAUGCAGAGAAGCAAGUCAACUGCACCAAAGAAUCACUGAGAGUGUGUACCAUGCACCCAUGGAUUCCUCCAAUGCAAGCAGGUAUAGCAGGAAGUCAUCAAGUAUAUAUGAAAACAAAUCUGACACAUCAAACGUGGAUGCAUCUAACAAUAAAAACAGGAAUUCCAGUCCCAGCACCAGACAAAAGAGAGUUGAUGCUUCCAGCAGCCUUAACCUUGAGCGCACAGCGCUUGCUAGAAAGCGAUUCACAUUGCAAGGUCUUUCCAACCGCAGAGCUCCACCCAAAGAUCCAGAGUCUAAGGACAGAGAAGUUACCCGUCGCUUUUCCCUAGCCUCCUCCAUCAGCACCACAGUUAAUGCUUCUGCUGUGACCAAAGGUCCCCUUGUUCCUGCAGUUAAAGUCAAGAGACAUGAAAUAAAGAGUGACCCAACUCCCCUGGGGUUUGAAGAUGCUUUUGAGAACACCAUUUUGGCCCAGACUAAAUGUAAUGCCGGUUCCACCACGAGAUCCGUACCUAGAUCUGCUUCACAGACAGGUUGGCCCAGCAGACAAAUGCCUUCUCUAGACACAUUUGAAGAUUUUGAAGCCAUCCCUUCCAGCAUGGAUGAACUCUCCAACUCUUCUGAUUUGGAGGAAGAGACCAACCCUAACAAUGGGAGCAAUCUCUUCCGGGUCGAAGGCAGUUUUGACAGCUGUUUCCCGGACUCUCUGACUCUUGAGGAUGGAGAUUUAGUGCAGUUUGUGCAGGAAGGAGAGAAUGGUCAAUGGUUAGUGAAGAAACUGGUGUCUGAGAAAAGCGACUGGGUUCCCUCCAGUAUAUUGCAGCCAGCAGAGGGGGACAGUAACAACAUAAUUAAGAGCAGCAAUGCAGACACGUACAACGAUUCCUGCAGCACAGCCUCGGUAGAGUCAGACACGAAGGAAAGUGAGGUGGCCAAAAGCUUCCCAGCAGAACAGAGGGCUGGCAGCUGAAGGACCAGCCUUCCUCAGGACCCCGUCCACCUGUCCUUAUCUUGGGUGGACACUGGAUCAAAGUUGCCUUUCUCACAAGCUCUGAGGUUCAUAAUUCACUAAAAUUUUAUCAACAUGAACAGAUGAGAACUGUGCUGUCCAUCUGGCAAGCUGGGAAAACAAACUUGAAAGGAGCAUUAAACAUCCAGAAAACAUCAAACCUACCUUCAGUAUUAGAGGAGAAAAAUGCUUCUUGCAUUGAUUAUCAAACUGUUUCAGAAGAUGUGGCCUAAAUUAGGUCGACAGCAGAGCUGAAGAGUUUCUAUGCACGCACCUUUUGGCAACUUUGCUUGAGCACCACAUCACUGCAGAGGAGCACAUGGUGGUUACGAGUCCUUGCUCCACCCUGGGUCACCUGGAGGUUUUUCCAUUAGCUUGCCUCUGGCUGUGCCUUCCCUGUCCUCCUUAAUUCCAGCUGAUACAUCAUCACAAAUGUGCCCUUCUUGCUGUCGGUCAACACCAAAAACGCCCCACCUGAGGGUGGCUGUGGAAAGGACACUUCUGGCUGGGACAUCAGAGAGGCUCUGAGCAGCAGUGAGGGGACUCCUCUGUGGAAGGGCCCUGCUGCACACAGCAUUCAACACCUGGAAUGGUGCACCUGCCAGCUCCUGGUGCAGGGCUAAGCAGGGAAGUAAAGACGUGUAACAGCUGCUGUGACAAAGAACACUCUGAACUCUUUUUACAGUCUAAGUCAUUCUUCUGCCCCCCCUACAGUCUCUGGUUGCUGGAUCACAACCCUUUGCAUUUGGUGCCGAGAAUUCAGUUGAAUGCCAUUUACUGUCACCCUUUUGAGUAGACUGCAUGCUUUCCUUGUGUGCUGGGCUAUGAGUAGAUACAUUUCACCCCCCAUUUGGAAUAUACUUAAGCAUUGCAAAUAGGCAGUGAGCAUUAGAUGCUCCAAUGAGUGGAUAAAGUGUUGUUGUUAAAUACUUCUUUCCAGGCUGUUUGAUGAAAGGACUGUACCAAAUCUCUGCCACAUAAGGAUGUAAUGUAUAAUAUAAAGUGAUUA